CAUGGCUGACUGAAUGAAGUGGUUAAGUUUCAUUUGUAUGUUUUGGUGACAGUGCCUUUAUUCUGGCACUGAAAUGUACAAUUUUCAAUACAGAAAUCAGGUAAAAACUUUGGAAUCGUAAGACAUUCUGGUAGUUACUGUGCAUCUACCAAAAUCAACGAAAUCGUCUCUUUGAUUUCUACUUCCGGAAGCCAGCACUGCUGAUCGACCAUCACUCAAAUCUGAGGGAGGCGUUGUCUGUUGCUAGUUGAGGUGCCAGAUCGGGAGAUAUCAUCGAAAAUAAACUCCUGUAGUUGUGCUGCAACCUAUAGUGUUCAGGUUAUUGGUGCAACUAUGACAGAUUUUCUGGCUGAAAACAAUCUUUGCGGGCAAACAAUAUUAAAACUGGUCUCUCGGGGCAAUGCAAUAAUUGCGGAAUUAUUACGGUUGUCGGAGUUCAUUCCGCCGGUGUUCAAAUUAGAACACAAAGUUGAACAGGUCAAAUAUGGAGAUAUAUUAUGCGACUUCAGUUAUUUCAAAGGAUCAGAGUAUUAUGAUAGUAAAAUAGACUCGAAUGCGGAUCUACAAGACUUAGAUGAAGAAUUUCGUGAAAACAAUAUUGAAAUAUUAACAAGAUUUUAUCUUGCCUUUGAAAGUGUGCACAAAUAUAUCACAGAUCUUAAUAGAUUUCUUGAAGAUCUCUAUGAAGGGGUGUUUAUUCAGCAAACUCUGGAAACAGUCCUGCUAAAUGAAGAUGGCAAACAACUCAUGUGUGAAGCAUUGUUUUUAUAUGGUGUAAUGUUAUUAGUAAUAGACAUGAGAAUUGAAGGUGUCAUCAGAGAAAGAAUGUUAGUUUCCUACCAUAGAUACAGUGCUGCUCAAGCAUCUGUUGACUCAAAUAUUGAUGAUGUUUGUAAAUUGCUGCGUAGUACAGGUUACUCCUCAAUUCCAGGUUCCCGGCGACCACCAAACUAUCCGGAGAGUUACUUCCUGAGAGUUCCGAUAAACAGACAAUUUGUAAGCAUGCUGAUUGGACGACUGAGGUCAGAUGACAUUUAUAACCAGAUCUCUGCAUAUCCUUUUCCUGAGCAUCGUAGCACAGCAUUGGCUACCCAGGCAUCUAUGUUGUAUGUCAUUCUGUACUUUGCACCAGAGAUCCUUCACCAACAGCAGGCAAAGAUGAGAGAAAUAGUAGACAAACAUUUCCCGGAUAACUGGGUAACCAGUAUAUACAUGGGUAUACCAGUGAACUUGAUGGAUGCUUGGGAGCCAUAUAAAGCAGCAAGAACUGCCCUCAAUAAUACACUAGACCUCAGUAAUGUCAGAGAAUUGGCUGCUCGAUAUGCCACUAAAGUUCCCAAACUAAAUGACCUUGUGAAGCGUUACUUGCAAGAAGGUACAUUAACUGAAGAGUAUGUUUUAGAUAACAUCCCAAAGUUGAUGAACUGUCUUCGGGAAUGUAACGUUACAAUUCGGUGGUUGAUGCUACACACUGCUGAAGGAGCUUGGGAUAACAAUAAAAGAUGCCGUCAGUUGAAGGAGCAGGUGUUAUUAGAUAGUAAAUUCAAUCCACAAGUCUUGUUUACGCUCCUCUUGAAUACCGGGCAGUUUGAACUACAGCUGAAGGAGAUGUUCAGACAUAUGUUGGACAAUAAGAAAGAUAAGUGGGAAGCUUACAAGAAAGAGGGAUCAGAAAGAAUGGCUGAAUUAUCAGAAGUCUACUCUGGUAGCAAACCCUUAACCAGGGUAGAGAAAAAUGAAAAUUUGCAGGCAUGGUUUGCGGAGAUGGCUAAACAGAUUACAUCAUUGAAUUAUGAUGACUCCACCUCUGCUGGUAGGAAGAUAGUUCAGCUUAUCCAGGCACUGGAGGAGGUUCAAGAGUUCCAUCAACUAGAAAGCAAUUUGCAAGUUCGUCAGUUUCUUGCCGAAACUCGUAGAUUCCUGCACCAGAUGCUGCGUACCAUUAACAUCAAAGAAGAAGUUUUGAUACAAAUCCAGAUAGUAGCUGAUGUGCAUUAUGCAUGGGAGCUCAUUGAUAGAAAUAUGUUUGUUUAUUUCAGUUAUACUCGAUACAUGCAAGAAGGAAUAAAACGGGAACCGUCUUUAGUCAUCAAACUGAGAGCUACAUUCUUAAAGUUGGCGUCUGCUCUCGAUCUUCCUCUACUGAGAAUCAACCAAGCUGGUAGUGGGGAUCUGGUCAGCGUGUCCCAGUACUAUUCAGGUGAACUUGUCUCCUAUGUACGAAAAGUGCUGCAGAUUAUCCCAGAAACCAUGUUUGGAUUAUUAGCCCAGAUCAUCCGUCUGCAGACGCACAGUAUCAAAGAGGUGCCAACAAGAUUAGAGAAAGAAAAACUACGAGAGUUCGCACAGCUAGAUCAGCGAUAUGAGGUUGCUAAGUUAACCCAUUCAAUAUCAGUGUUUACAGAAGGUAUACUGAUGAUGAAAACAACACUGGUUGGCAUAAUAAAGAUUGAUCCUAAACAGCUUUUGGAGGACGGUAUACGCAAGGAAUUGGUACGCCAAGUAGCGAGAGCUUUGCAUGAAGGUCUCAUAUUUAACCCUAAAGCAAAGGUAAAUGAGUUGCCUCCUAAAUUGGAUGCUCUUGGUGCACGCAUGGAUGGAUUCCGCAUUUCAUUUGAAUAUAUCCAGGACUAUGUCAGUAUUUAUGGAUUAAAGAUAUGGCAGGAAGAAGUAUCCAGAAUUAUUAACUACAACGUGGAACAAGAAUGUAAUAGUUUCUUGAGAACCAAGGUGUUAGAUUUUCAGAGUGUGUACCAAUCAACUGCCAUACCUAUUCCGAGAUUCCCACCUGUCAUGGGAGACAGUUCAGUGAAUUUCAUUGGUCGAAUGGCACGGGAGAUACUGCGCAUGACUGAUCCAAGAACAACAUGUUACAUUGAGAAGAGAAACACAUGGUACGACUUUAAAACUAAACAAGAAGUCAUGACAAUAAAGCUCUUCUCCAAAGUACAGAGAAGUAUUGGUACCUAUGGUCUGACUGGAUUGGAUAGGCUUCUCAGUUUCAUGAUUGUCAAGGAGUUACAGAACUUUGCUACUAUACUGAACCGAGGUGUUCUUCGUGACAAGGCGUGGUUGGAGUUUCUUGGUACGACUAUGAAGUCACUGAAUCCUGUCAAAGGACUUGUCAAUAACGCUGGAAAAGUGUACGGACAAGCUGUAACAAAAGCUGCUAAAUUGUGGCCACCAUUCCUGGAUGUCGUACUUAAGGUUGGUCAGAUGCAGUUGCUACGACGACAGAUUGCAAAUGAGUUGAACUUCUCUUGCCAGUUUGAUUCCAUGUUUCUAUUUGAUUCAUUGCAAAAUUUGAACAAUUCUUUAAUGUCGGACAUUGAGGCUCACUAUCAGGAUCCUACGUUACCCUAUCCUAAAGAUGAGAAUCCAUUAUUGUAUGAAUUGACUUCCUACUUAGAGUGUGCUGGUAUAAAUAAUCCUUUCACAAAGAUUUAUACAACAACAAAGAGAGUGCCGUAUUUUCCCUUGUUUGCCUUCUUAUUGGUCAUAUCGCAGAUGCCGAAAAUGCAGUAUACAAAAGCCGUGGCGAGUAUGACAGCCAAGAACCCAAAAGAGCCGUUAGAUGGACCACCAUUCAUAGCUGGUACGGUGACUUUACUGCGACAAGCUCAUAGUGAGAAUAUCGACCAGUUCAUUGCACUGAUUGGCCAGUAUGUGAGAUCAAUGGUUGAGGUUACGGCCACGAGUCAGAAAGUUGACUUACCACCCGAUGUAACUAAUGUGCUGCUAUUUUUAGAAGAUUAUAUGAGUCAUACUGAACUCCCUAGAAAGAAAGUGGAAGCACACAUUCCUAAAUAUCUACUAGAUGAUUUCCAUAGCCGUCUUUGAGUAGAGAACUGAACGUAUCCUGCAUCAGUUAAUUGUAGUCUCGUCAAGGGUCAAUUGCGAUCUUGAUAGCAAUUCCCAAGCACCCUUUUAAACCAUGCAAAAUAGAUAAUUAUAUAUUUCAUCUUUGCUUUAAACUGAUAGAAACAUUGUAUUUCUAAGAAUGCAAUAAAGUUAUAUUGUUAUUCUUGUUUAUAUUAUUAUCAAUUUUUCAAAAAUGAGUUUUUGGAACGUUUCAGCAGAUUUUCUUACAGCAAACAUAUUGUACCUUUAGAUUUAUCUGAGACAUUGCACUUCUACUACCCCAAAAUGUCUUGACAUACUUGUACUGCAAAGUAUACCAAAUGUAUAGAACACUUUGUACUCUCUGUGAUAUUAUAUUUAUACAGUGAAUUGACCUCUUAACCUUAUGAUCUUCACAUGCAUGACCUCCCCCCCCCAAGGGUCACACAUCCUGGUACUUUUGAAAGGUUCAGGGUUUUAAAUUCACUAUAAAUGUGAUUUUGUUGAUUAUAUUUCCCCCAAGAAUGCAUGCAGUUGUCAUUGAAGAACAAUCACAUUUGACACAGUAAAACUGUGCUGUUACCGGUACAAUAACCCCCCC